GUUAAUCCCGAUGGAUUUUCUCUGCGUUAUGCUCAAUUUUCUUUUUCAUUCUAUUCGCAAAAAAUAGUACUAAACGAUCACAAAACUGGAAAAUGCAUUCAGUUGUGCGUUGAACUUCGAAGCAAAAGUUUGGGUUUCUGCAUCAGAACAAUUUUUGAGCAAACAUCUAAAUUUGUGGAAAAAGAAACAAACAAAUUGAUUUUCUACUGCUUCAUUUCCUAGAAAAAAAUAAAAUAAGUGAACUUAGAUUCAGAGUGAACAGGCAUUUGCAUUCCAACAAAAUCAUACACAAAGUAAACUCAACGAGAUACUGUAGUUUAAUCGAAAUUGGCUGUAUUUUUUUCUUAAAAAACCGUGUCGUCAAACCUGGUUAAAAAAAAUCGAAAUGAAUCUAACCGACCUUAAAAUUGACUGUCUCGAAGCAAUUUUGGAGUUUUUGGGUAUCGUGGAUCUUCUAAAUGCAGCCGAUACGAGCACACGAUUACGCCGUGCUGCCAGAUUGGUGUUUUUGCGAAAGUACGGCGAAAUGCCAUUGAUUAUAGAAGAAUUGCCAAAACAAUCGGAUCCAUUGAGAUAUUUGUGUUUGUGGGCAUACUUCGACCCGUUCCAUGGAGAUUUGACGACCAAAUGUUAUAAGAUAGAAAGGCCAAAAAUUGCUUUUCAACUAUUGCGAUGCUUCGGAAGCCUGCUUCCUUCUAUAAAUUGUUUUUAUGAUGGUGCAGUUGGAUUCAACGAGGAUUUAUCGGAGGUGGAAUAUCAUUUUAUCGAUUACAUCAAUGAAUUCUGCAGCGAAACGAUUGGAACACUGAAAUUUAAUUUCAGUAAUUGGAAUAGGACUUUGGCGAAUUUCAACAAGCCAUUCAAACAGGUGGAACGGCUUUGCAUAACAAACAGGACAAGAACGUUUAAUUCGAAUACAAAUCCAGAUAGAAAUUGUCUGAUUCGACUGUUUCCGCGGAUGCGAUCACUAUUGAUUGCCUUCAUGUGUUCUCCAUUUAUCCACGCUGGGUGCAUUGCAAAUCAUUUUCCGAACUUAGAAGAGUUAAGCAUAUAUGUUUCAGAGCGUUUUCCGUGCGACACAUGUCAUGAAAACUAUAGGGACGUAGUUCGUUUGAAUCCACAGUUGAAAAAAAUCGAGUUUUUAACCUACAAUAUUGACUUUGCUGAGCAUCUGCAAAACAUUGAACACUUAGACAUAAAUAUACAGGAUCGAUUAAAUCAAAAUUCCACUAUUGACGCAACACAUUUCAAGAAUGUGAAGCACCUAACAGCUCGAUCAGUAAUGGGCCAUUGGGGAUUCUUUAAUAAUUAUAUGGAAAUUGUAGUCAAAUUAACCUUUGAUCACCUGGAAUCAUUUACAUUGCAAGUGUCAAUGUACGAAGACACAUUAAUUGUAAGUCAAUUGAAAGAUUUUUGUGAAAAAAACCAAUCAAUCAAAAAGUUGACAUUGAUGAUUCCUCCGGAUGCUGUUGAAUUUGUACUACGAAUUAAUUCUUGGUUGGUAGACACCUUACCAUUGCUACAGGAACUUGAAUUUCAUUUAUAUCAUUUCCAAAAAAGAGGAAGAAGUACCGCAGAUCUCGUCCAUGAAACUGUAACGAAUAUUUUGUCUAAAUUCGAUACCGUACCGAGUAUUUCUAUAAAUUUAGCAUGUCCCUUGAAAAUAUACUGCAACAAAAACCCACGUUUCUAUUGUGAAAUGAAUGAACAUUUUUUGAAUGGUUUCAGUGAUGUCUGGUCAGUAUCAUGGUCUGAUUAUAAACAUACUCGUCUGACAUUUAAACGUCGCAACGAUUCCAAUUAAGAAAAAUGCCCAGAUCAAACGGUACUUUUUUAAAGCAUUCUAUAAAUUUAACGUGCAUUGUCCCUGGUAUAUAGCUAACAUGAUCCGUGGAUUCAUUUUCACCAUUUCAAACUCUCUAGAGCACACGUAUACAGUUAUUGUUCUUUUGAAAAGCAACACCUAUGUAGAAAAACGGUUUAUUUCGCUUUUUUAUUGUUACGCAUUCAAUUCAUCUUCGACAAUUAAGAAAAUGAACAUACAAUGUACUAGUAUGUGAC